UUACUUUCUUGCUGCAGGAAUGGAUUAUCUUCUCAGCAGAAGCAAUUCUCAUUUUUGGAUGCUACACAAGAUGACACACAAGUUUCUAGAGAAGAAAGAGCAUUUCGUUUGUGGAUGAAUAGCCUGGGAAUUUCAACAUACAUUAACAAUGUGUUUGAGGAUCUUAGGGACGGGUGGAUUCUCCUUGAGGCUAUUGACAAGUCCUCUCCCGGAAUAGUUUCUUGGAAGUUUGCAACUAAGCCUCCAAUCAGAAUGCCAUUCAGAAAAGUUGAAAACUGUAAUCAAGUUGUGAAGAUUGGUAAACAACUGAAAUUUUCACUAGUCAAUAUUGCUGGGAAUGACAUUGUGCAAGGAAAUAAGAAACUCAUCCUUGCAUUUUUGUGGCAAUUAAUGAGAUACAACAUCCUCCAACUUCUGAAGAACUUGAAAUCCAAUUCCUGUGAAAAAGAGAUUACUGAUGCAGAUAUUUUGAAUUGGGCCAAUAAUAAAGUGAAAGAUUCGGGAAGACAAUCACGGAUGGAAAGUUUUAAGGACAAAAGUCUUUCAUCUGGGAUUUUUUUCCUUGAACUGCUAAGUGCCGUGGAUCCUCGAGUAGUGAACUGGAGCCUUGUAACCAAAGGAGAGAAUGAGGAAGAGAAAAAGAUGAAUGCCUCUUAUAUCAUCUCAGUGGCAAGGAAGCUUGGCUGCUCCAUCUUUUUGUUACCAGAAGACAUAUUAGAGGUCAAUCAGAAGAUGAUGCUUACGCUUGCAGCAAGCAUUAUGUAUUGGCACUCAAAGAAACCAUCUGAAGACAAAUUUUUGGCUUCAGAUAUUGAAACUGGGAGCUCAACUGAGAUUUUCUCCAACACUACUGUUGAUGACUCUGCUUCAGAGUCAUCAACAGAUGAUGGUAGCUGAAGCAGAUGGCUACAGUUUCGCUCGGUUCUCGUAUAUAUAUUUGCAUUUGGCUCUCCUUUCUUUUAAUUACAUUGUGAAAAUAGCUUGGCUUUGCUUGUUGGGAGCUAUAUGAUGGCUGGAUAAAUUAUACUAUUAAUUUGAAUGCUAACAAAAUACCUCAGCGUCUUUUGUUGUCUU